AUGGCCGACCCCAAGAUCCAGGAACUCCUCACCAAAUCUCGCUCCGAACUCACCGAGUACGAGAUUGCGCAGCUUGAAGAGUAUGAGUUCUCUUCCGGGCCCCUUUCUAUCCUCCAGACGGCCGUGAGGUCGCACACGCAGGUGCUCAUCUCCAUUCGCUCGAACCGCAAGCUGCUGGCACGUGUCAAGGCCUUUGACAGGCAUUGCAACAUGGUGCUCGAGAACGUCAAGGAAAUGUGGACGGAGACGCCCAGGCUAGCGGAUGGAAAGAAGGGCCGGCCGGUCAACAAGGACAGAUUCAUCAGCAAGAUGUUCCUGAGAGGCGAUAGCGUUAUCCUGGUUCUUCUAAGCUAG